UGUUUUUUGUUUUUGUUUUGUUAUUGCUCAUAGAAGAAAAGAAAGAAUGGAAUUUCUUGAAACAUUAGGUUAUAUUAUGAUUGUAAUCGUAUUAUUUAAAUUAUUUGGAUUUACAAUCAAUUUAUUAUUAUCACAAUAUGGACGAACAAUUGGUUUAGGUGUUAAAUAUAUAUCAAGUAAUGGUGAAUUUGCUGUUAUAUCUGGUGCAACCGGUAUUUUGGGACGUGAAUUUGCACAAGAAUUUGCAUCGAUGGGUUAUAAUUUAGUAUUGAUAGCAAAAAAUGGACAAAAACUUGAUAAUUUAGAACAACGUAUACGAAGAAAAUAUAAUACAAUGAAACAUAUUAUAAAGAUACCUGUAGAUUUAACAAUACCUGAAUCAUAUGCAACAUUAAGACAACAAUUAGCCGAUGUAAAUCAAAUUGUUGUUUUGGUAAAUUGUAUAUCAUGUUGUCCUGAACCGGCAAAAUUUUGGAAAUCUUCCGAAUCAAAAUUUAAUCUACUUAUGAUUAAUGUAAUGGCACCAUUAAUAUUAAUGGAAGAAUUGAUGCCACGUUUUAUUCAACAAAAUAGAGGUAUUAUAAUAAAUGUUGGUGCACAAGCUGGUGAUUUUCGUUUUCCAAAAUAUUCAACAUAUGCUGCUUGCAAAUCAUUUAUACAUACAAUGUCCGAAAUAAUGGCUGCUGAAUGUACACAUACAAAUAUUUAUGUACAAACAAUAAAACCAUGUUCAAUAGCACAUAAAUCAAAAGCAACAGAAGAAUCAUUUUUUUGUAUACCAUCACGUUUAAUUGCAUAUUCAGCAUUAUUAUCAGCUGGUUUUGAAACAAGUCAUUAUGGUCAUUGGAAACAUCGUUUAAGUGGCCUAUUGCUGAAUAUAAUGGUAUUUUUAUUUGGACAUCGUUGGACAACAUUUAUAAUUGGUUUAUUUAUACCAACCGUUAAAAAAGGUAAAGAUGAUUUUGAUCAAAAAAAUUUAACACGAUCAUCAUCAUCAUCAGCAUCGAUGAAAAAAUUGCCAAAAUAUCCAACACCAUCACCAUUAACACCAUCACCAUCAUCAACAUCACCAUUAACAUCAUUGGAUAAUAAAAUUGAUCAUGGUGGUGGUGGUGGUGGCGUCGGUGGUGUUGGUAGUAGCCUAAAUAGUAGUGAAGAAUCAACAGAUAUUAUGAUUGAUUUUAAUCAGGGUAAAAAAACUGAUAAAAGAUAUGCACCAACACCAUCACCAUUAGUUAAUGUAUCGGAUAUGAAUGAAACUGAAGUUGUAUUUAAAUUAACACCACCAUCACAAAUAUUAAAAAAUAAAAAUGAAAAAAAUGAUAAAAAAUCAAUACCACCGCAAGCAAAAAUUUCAUUAAAAAAAUCCGAAAUUAUAGUGAUCGAUAAACCGGCAACGGUUAUUAAUGAUAAUCAGAUUAAUAAUCAAAAUAAUCAAUUAAAAAUUGCAAAUCUAUCAACAAGAUCAUGUAAAACACCGGAUUUUAUUGAUUAUAAUGAUAAUUUAAAUAUGACAAAAAAAGAAACAACAAUAACAACAACAACAACAACAACAAAUAUACAAGAUCCAAUAAUUAAACAAGUAAGAUUAGAUGAUGAUUCCAAAAAACAAAAUAAAAAUGAUAAUAAUAAAAUUAAUGUUGUAAAAAAAAUGAUUGAUGAAAAUCCACCACCACCACCGGUUAUUAAACCAAAAAUUGUUAGCCUUGUAUCGAAAAGUACUGGUUUAGAAUCAAAAUCAUCAUUAGUGGAUAAUAAUAAUAAUGAUAAAAAUCCACCACCACCACCACCACCACCACCGGUUAUUAAACCAAAAAUUAUUAGUCUUGUAUCGAAAAGUACUGGUUUGGAAUCCAAAUCAUCAUUAGCGGAUAAUAAUGAUUUGAAUAUACCAACGAUCAAACCAAAACAAAUGUUGAUCAGUAAGACGAACAAUAACAACAUUAGCAAAAGCAAGACGACCAACAUCAGCAAAAGCAAAACGAACAACAUCAGCAAAAGCAAGAAGGAAAAAAGCAAAACGACCAACAUCAGCAAGAGCAAGACG